UUUUAUUCGAUUGAUAAAGCGAAGGGACCAAAAAAUGCGUUAAAGUAAAAAUUAUAAGCCCGAAGGCAAGCUCUUGUUUUAGUAUCAGGGCCUCAGCCUUCGUCUACAGCUGUACCGUUCAAUUGCUCCGAGCCUCCGACUAGUAUUUUCGUAUUUGAAGAUUCAGAUACAUAACUGACGGAGGAUUCCGAUGGGCCGACCGCCGACCAACGGCGGCCCCUCUUUCCGCUUCAACCCUGUCGAGGUUGGAGAAAUGGAGGCCACACUGCAAGCACAUAAUUAUCAAGUACCAUCACGUGAAAUACUCGAGGCUCUUGCCCAUAGGUUUAGUACCUCUACCGAUAGAGCCGGAAAAGUGGAAGUUUCAUCGAAACAAGUCUGGAACUGGUUUCAAAAUAGACGAUAUGCUCUUAGAGCUAAGGCAGCUAAGGCUUCUGUUCCUGAGCCGGGGACUGUGGUAUCUGUGCAUGAUCAAACUACUGUAAGAACUUUACAUCAGGCCCCUACUCAACCUCAGACUCCCAUUCAAUCUCGGCCUCCUAUUUCUCAGUCUCCUCAACCGCAGCUUGUCCCAUCAACGACUAUGAGAAGUAUGCAUCGAAUCCCUCAGACAGUUCCAGCUCCAUCAACAGCACAAAUUGCAGGAAGAAGUGCAUCAGAGAAUGCGCAAAUGGAGUUCGAAGCUAAAUCUGCCAGAGAUGGUGCAUGGUACGAUGUUGCAUCUUUUCUGUCACAUAGAUCAGUAGAGACUGGGCAUCCGGAUGCUCUUGUUCGUUUUGCUGGGUUUGGACCUGAAGAGGACGAGUGGGUCAAUAUUCGCAAGCAUGUCAGGCAACGUUCACUCCCAUGCGAAUCAUCCGAGUGUGUAGCAGUUUUGCCUGGAGAUUUAAUACUCUGCUUUCAGGAAGGCAAAGAACAGGCUCUGUACUUUGAUGCACAUGUUCUUGACGCACAAAGGCGAAGACAUGAUGUGAGAGGCUGCCGCUGUAGGUUUCUUGUGCGGUAUGAUCACGAUCAAUCUGAGGAAAUAGUUCCCCUCCGGAAGAUUUGCCGCCGGCCGGAAACCGAUUACAGACUGCAUCAACUUCAUGCAAAUUCACAAAAAGCUGUUAUCGAUGGCCUGAAAGUAGGGAAUACAUUGAAAGUCGAGGCUCCUGGCUUGCCCACACCUCAAAAGCAGCUCAAGCCCGAGGAACGUAUCGAAACUGGGCCCAAAUUGGCCACAACACAAACUACUCCAACCAAUGUCUCUGUAGGAAGUGAACCUAAUAAACCUCCAAUGGUUGAAAUUGUCGAUGCUAAGAGUGAAACUCCAAUUGAAAAUACAAGUGUUACACAGCCUGCUGACACUGUAGUUCCCAAUCAGACUAUGCAGCAGGGAUAGAUAGGUAAGGAGUGUAUAAUCAAUUUCCAAGUGUUGUUGUGUUUUUUCCGUUUCUUGAUAAUAGAAUAUUUAGAUUCGGCCGUUUUAAGUGGAUGGUAGGUAGUAGGGAUUGUGAAUGGAUAGUAGAAAACUCGAAACUACAGAAAAAACCCAUCUUCUGUUGUGUAAGAUAUUUGCUCUGUCUCCGAAGAUUUCUAUCGAGCUUACUACUGGCAUAGGUACACUACUGUACUGUGUGAGUCGGUGAUGGUGUUCGUGUUUGAACUUUGAAGUAGGAAUUGAUUUGAUAAGUCAAUGUAUUAAACCGAAGUAAUAUGUUGCCGCAGAGCACACGAAAAGGUGCUGAAAAUGAUGAUGGCUGAUAAUUUUCAUGUUCAUUCGAGGCUUUGUAUGGGAAGUGUUCGCUUACAAAAAUCCUACUAGUACAACACCCAUGUAUUAC